CGGUGUGCGUGAGGACUUACACUGGAGCUCGCUUAAUAUACAGAAGAGUACAGUGAUUUACAAUGUUUGAUUUUUCUUCUCUCUCUGUGACCUGGACCCUGGUGGUUCUGGUCAUAACCCUCCUGUUUAUCUAUGGAGUUUGGCCGCAUCGUUUUUUCAUCAAACUGGGAAUACCAGGACCAAGACCUUGGCCUUUUGUUGGCACACUUCUCUCAUAUGCUAAAGGUUUGUGCAAUUUUGAUAUGGAGUGUGCUAAGAAGUAUGGAAAAGUUUGGGGAAUCUAUGAUGGAAGGUUGCCGAUACUUAUGGUCACUGACCUGGAAGUGAUCAAAGUGGUUUUGGUGAAAGAAUGUUACUCUAACUUCAUUAACAGAAGGAAGAGGACGACAGGACUGGCUGGCCCCUUUUCCGAUGGCAUAAUUAUGGUUAAAGAUGAAAGAUGGAAGCGAAUGCGCAGUACGCUUUCUCCAUAUUUCACAAGUGGGCGACUGAAGGAGAUAUUUCCCAUAGCUCUGACACAUGCCGAUCGUUUUAUUAAAAAUAUGCAAAAGAAAGACCCAGAGCAGCCGGUUAAAAUAAAAGAAGUUGUGGCUCCAUACAGUUUAGAUGUCAUCACCAGCUCAUCUUUUAGUGUUGACAUCGACUCCAUAAACAAUCCUGAUGAUCCUUUCGUUAUCAAUGUCAAGAAGUUCAUACAGUUCAAUAUGUUCAACCCUCUCCUAUUGCUAAUACUUUUGUUUCCUUCUCUUGCGAUCCUCUUGAAGAAAAUGGGGGUAACUCUUUUUUCAAAAUCAGCCAUGGAUUUCUUCUACAGUGUCCUGAAAAAGAUUAAGGAUGAUCACAACAAGGAAUCAGAAGGUCGGGUAGACUUUCUCAAACUCAUGCUCCAGAAUCAAAUACCUGAUGAUCAAAUUCAGGACCGUGACGCAUGUGAACAACCAGCGAAAGGACUAACAGACCAUGAGAUUCUCUCCCAGUCGCUUGUUUUUAUCCUGGGUGGUUAUGAAACUACAAGCACGACUCUCACUUUCCUCCUCUAUAAUCUCGCUAUUAAUCCGGACUGCCUGGAAAAGCUGGUGGAAGAGAUUGACAAAAACUUCCCUCUUGAUGCUCCCAUAACAUAUGAUGCAUUAAUGAGGAUGGAUUACUUGGAAAUGGCCAUCAAUGAAUCAAUGCGUCUGCUUCCUACGGCCCCACGUUUAGAAAGGUCCGCUAAAAAAACAGUGGUAAUCAAUGGCUUGACCAUACCAGAAGGGACUCUGGUUGGGAUUCCUACAUAUGUUUUAAGUCAUGACCCGGAGAUCUGGGAGUCUCCUGGAGAGUUCAGGCCGGAGAGGUUCAGCCCAGAGAAUAAGUCUGAGUUUCUCCAGUACGCUUUCAUACCUUUUGGACUCGGCCCUCGAAACUGCAUUGGAAUGAGAUAUGCAGUAAUGAUCAUGAAACUUUUUGUUGUGAAGCUGCUACAGAACUUCAGUGUGGAAACAUGUAAAGAGACACAGAUCCCUUUAGAAAUGAAUGUUACUUUUCAACCGAAGGUUCCCAUCACACUCAAGUUAAUACCAAGAUCUUACAAUAAAAAACAGUAAUGCUGGUCAAAACAGAUAUGCAAUAUAACAUUAUGCAUUAUUUACAUGAUUAUAAUUCCGUUGUAACAUUUCCAAUGUGUUUUAAUUUCAAAAUUCUAUUUAUAAAACUUAUUUUACACACAUAAUGAUAUACUUUGUACUGUUUAUACUUUACACUGUUUUAUAAUCAAAGAAAUCAGUUAUAGAUACAGGGUACAUCAUGAAUGCAGUUUAUAAUUGUAUUAUAUUACAGAUGUUGAGUCAUUUUUAACGAAUCAAAAGACAUGUUAGCAUGCCAUCAGAUUAAUGCACCAAAUAAAAUAUACCAAUGUGUGAAA